AUGUUGUAUGGACUUCAGUUAGCAUGGACAGAAGGGUACAGGAGUGUGGUAUUGGAGUCGGAUUCUUUGAUUGGUAUUCUUCAGUUAAUCAAAGAAGGUUCAGAAGAUGGUCCAUAUGGCAACAUUAUCUACAGGAUUAGACAAUGGAUGAGGAAGGAGUGGCAGUGCAAGCUCAACCGCACUUGGAGAGAAGGGAAUGGAUGCGCAGAUAGCUUGGCAAAGUGGAGUCACCAGCAAGAACUUGGACUAACAGUACUAGAUAGGGCACCUGAUGUUGUUAAGAGGUGCUUGAAUGAGGAUGUAAGGGGAGUUGCAUCUCUCGCUAUAUUACUCUUUUCUGCAAAGAAAUCUAGAUUGGCCCCUCUUGACUUCUUCCAGGCCUCCGGCCCUGCACAGGUGCAUGCCAUCGAUCGCAGUGCUGAACCUUUUUCUCCAACAUAUCGGAUACAUCAGUUCAAUAGGAGUACUUUUCCUACAGGGUUCUUAUUUGGGGCCUCGUCUUCUGCUUAUCAGAUUGAAGGCGCAUGGAAUGUUGAUGGCAAAGGACCGAGUAUAUGGGAUACCUUCACACAUAAAUAUCCAGAGAAGAUACAGGACCAUAGUAAUGGAGAUGUGGCCACGGACUCUUACCAUCUUUAUAAGGAAGAUGUUAGACUCUUGAAGGAAAUGAACAUGGACACUUAUCGGUUCUCAAUUUCUUGGCCAAGAGUCUUGCCACGUGGAAAAUUAAGUGGAGGUGUAAAUGAGAAAGGAAUUCAAUAUUACAACAAUCUCAUAGAUUACCUUCUUAUUAACGAUAUAUUGCCGACUGUCACUCUUUUCCAUUGGGAUCUUCCUCAAGCCUUAGAGGAUGAGUAUGGCGGUUUUUUAAAUCCUCGAAUUGUGAACGAUUUUCAUGACUUCGCGAAUCUUUGCUUCGAGAGAUUUGGCGAUCGAGUAAAACAUUGGAUUACCUUCAAUGAGCCAUCCAUGUACAGUAUAUAUGGUUAUGAUUAUGGGCAGAGUGCACCAGGUCGCUGCUCUUCUUGGAGGAACAGCAAUUGUACAAGUGGAGACUCAAGCACUGAACCAUAUAUUGUUUCACAUCAUCAGCUUCUAGCUCAUGCAUAUGCCGUAAAGUUGUACAAGACCAAGUUUCAGGGAUAUCAAAAGGGAAAAAUCGGGAUCACGCAUGCUGUCAUAUGGUUGGUUCCAUACUCCCAUUCGCUUGAUGAUCAUCGUGCUACUGUUCGAGGCCUCGAUUUUUCAUUUGGAUGGUUUAUGGACCCUUUGGUUUUUGGAGAUUAUCCUUCUUCAAUGAGAACUCUGGUUGGUGAUCGUCUUCCAAAAUUUACAAAGGAACAGUCUGAGCUCUUGAAAGGAUCUUAUGAUUUCAUUGGCUUAAACUACUAUAGUUCUCUAUAUGUUGUCGAUGCUAGUUUCCCCAUUCACAUCAAAAACAAAAGUUAUACGACAGAUUCUAAAACUAAUACCUCAGUGGAACGCAAUGGCAAGCUGCCUGGUGAACAAAUUGGAUCAGGCAGGGUUGUUUAUUAUCCCAGAGGACUUUGGAAGAUGCUGCUAUACGUAAAGAGAAAGUAUCAGAAUCCCAUUAUUUACAUUACAGAAAACGGUAUUGAUCAGAGAAACAAUUAUACAAUGCCAUCGGAGGCAAUCAAUGACAAUUUCAGGAUCAAAUACUACCAUGGCCAUCUUUCUUUCCUACACAAGGCAAUCCGUGCUGGAGUCCAAGUGAAAGGAUUUUAUGGAUGGUCAAUAUUGGAUAAUUUUGAAUGGGGUUUUGGUUUUACGGUUCGUUUUGGACUCAACUAUGUGGAUUUUGAAAAUGGGUUGAAAAGAACUCCAAAGCUCUCCGCAAAGUGGUUCAAAAGGUUCCUCCAAAAAUAA